AUGUCUUUCAGCAGCGUAUCCUACGGCCAGAGGACCACGAGUGUCUACGGAGGAGCAGGCGGCCGUGGCACUCGUAUCUCCUCGUCCCAGCAGAGCUACGGACACUCCUCCUUGUCCUCCUCCGGAGGCUUCAACGUGACCGCCGGCAUGGACCUCCACGUCGGGGCCAACGAGAAGGCCACCAUGCAGAACCUGAACCACCGCCUGGCCUCCUACCUGGAGAAGGUGCGCACCCUGGAGAAGGAGAACAACCACCUGGAGAUGCAGAUCAGACAUUAUUACCAGGGCAAAACGGUCAUCAGCCCCGACUACACAAGCUACUUCGCCAUCAUCGAAGAUCUGGAGAACAAGAUUCUUAUCGCCUCCAAGUUUAAUGCCAAGACAAUCCUGGACAUGGACAAUGCAAAACUGGCCGCCGAGGAUUUCAAAUUGAAGCAGGAGAACGAGCAGGCCAUGAGGAUGGCGGUGGAGGCGGACAUCUCGGGGCUGAAGAAGGUGCUGGAUGAGAUGAACUUGGUCAGAAUGGCCCUGGAGGGCCGGUAUGAGGACCUGAGGGAGGACGUCAUCACGCUCAAGAGGAACCACGAAGAGGAGCUGACCCUGCUGAGGAGUCAGAUGAGCGGACAGGUCAACGUGGCCGUGGAUGCCUCUCCCUCUCAAGACAUGAACCAGGUCAUGUCUGAGAUCAGAUCACACUACGAGAGUUUGAUCAGCAAGAAUCGCAUUGAACUCGAGGCGUGGUACCAGAACCAGAUCACAACAGUGGAGCAGGACGUGAUCUCACACUCAGAGGAUCUUGUGACGGCCCGCACAGAGAUGAAGGACCUGAAGAGCACCCUGCAGAGGCUUCAGAUUGAUCUGCAGUCCCAUUUGAGCAUGAAGGUGUCUCUGGCGGGCACCCUGGAAGAGACCCAGGCGCGUUACGCUUCACAGCUAGCAGGCCUCCAGAACAGUGUCACAAGCCUGGAGGCUCAGCUGUCCCAGCUCCACGCCAACAUCACCAGCAACAAGCAGGACUACGACGUGCUGCUGGACCUCAAGGCUCGGCUGGAGAUGGAGAUCGCAGAGUACAGGAGGUUGCUGGAUGGGGAGGAUGAAAGUUCAAAACAAGUUAUCACAAAGACCAUCACAGUGGUGGAAACAGUUGUGGAUGGAAAGGUGGUCGGAACCAGCAAGACUGUUGAUGUGGAUGUUGAUGAGAUUGAGUGAUAAACUGGAUGGAUUAUCAAAAACUGGAAAAGAUUAAAAAGUUGGAAUUCUACAGCAGUGAAUAUUAUUAUAAUUUACCAGAGCAUAAAGCAUGAAGUGCUUAAAGUUUACUGUAGAUAAGAGAGACACA